AUUGCAGUGUGGAAGAAUCACCACAUGCGGACAGUUACCAACUAUUUCAUAGUAAAUCUCUCUCUGGCUGACGUUCUGGUCACAAUUACUUGUCUUCCAGCAACUUUAGUCGUGGACAUCACAGAAACAUGGUUCUUUGGGCAGACUCUCUGCAAAGUGAUUCCCUACUUACAGACAGUUUCAGUCUCUGUGUCUGUACUAACACUGAGCUGCAUUGCUUUGGAUCGAUGGUAUGCAAUUUGUCACCCUUUGAUGUUUAAAAGCACAGCCAAGCGGGCAAGGAACAGCAUUAUAAUUAUCUGGAUUGUGUCCUGCAUCAUAAUGAUUCCUCAGGCUAUUGUUAUGGAGUGCAGCAGUGUGUUUCCAGGACUAGCCAAUAAAACCACCUUAUUCACAGUGUGUGAUGAGCACUGGGGAGCUGAGGUUUACCCCAGAAUGUAUCACACGUGUUUUUUUCUGGUGACAUACAUGGCACCAUUGUGUCUUAUGGUGUUGGCCUAUUUGCAAAUAUUUCGAAAGCUGUGGUGUCGCCAGAUCCCAGGAACUUCUUCUGUUGUUCAGAAAAAAUGGAAGCCUCUGCAGUCCUCAGCACUGCCCCGAGGGAUGGGGCAAUCAACAAAGUCAAAGAUUAGUGCUGUGGCAGCUGAAAUAAAACAGAUUCGUGCAAGAAGGAAAACAGCACGUAUGCUAAUGGUUGUCCUCCUGGUUUUUGCACUUUGCUAUUUGCCAAUUAGCAUCCUCAAUGUCUUAAAAAGGGUUUUUGGGAUGUUUAAUCAUGCUGAUGACAGAGAAACUGUAUAUGCCUGGUUCACAUUCUCACACUGGCUUGUAUAUGCAAACAGUGCAGCCAAUCCUAUUAUUUAUAACUUCCUCAGUGGGAAAUUUAGAGAAGAAUUUAAAGCAGCAUUUUCUUGUUGCUUCUUUGGCAUUCACCAUCACCAUGAUGAGCGGCUUACCAGAGGUCGUGCCAGUACAGAGAGUCGAAAGUCCUUGACCACCCAGAUCAGCAAUUUUGAUAAUAUUUCAAAACUUUCAGAACAUGUUGUAUUGACCAACAUAAACACACUUCCGGCAAAUGGUAUCACAGCUACACUGAGCCCAUUGAAAUCAGUGGAACUGCAUCUCCACAUACCAGGGAUGAGUAUGACUUCAAAUUUGGAUGAAGCAGUGACAGUUUCUGCAGAAGACACUGGUGCAGCAGAGAGUGCAAAGUGGGACAAAUUCAUCCCUAGCAUAACUAAACUUACCUCGCUGGAAUUACAACAAGGCUGACUUUGGCUCAGUACGUUUAAGACCACCUGAAAAUGGCACGUUUUUAGCUGUGUUGCAGACUAGAAUAACAGGACAAACAGAUUCCUUCAAAAUAACUGCCUCUUCUAUUUCUUCUCAGUCUUAUGGAAACCUACUUACCUCAGUAUGAGCUAAAGAACAUGUCUUUACAAGUCUUUUUAAAGAUUAGAUUGUACCAUACUUUGUAAAUACUGUAGAUAUUUAUUUUUAUAUAUUUUAGAUGCUGUGGAACAUUCUAAAUUGUAUCAUAUAAAGAACUACAAGCAUUUGAAAGCAGUCUCAAACAUCAUUUAUUUAUAUCCUGUUUCUAUUAAUGAGUGACUUAUUUGCAAGGAAUGCUUACUUAUGCACUAGUGAUAUUCUGGAAUUAUUUUGCACUUCUUUUCCUGCUGCUUCACUUGCAGUAAAUUCCAUGUUUUUUAUGGAAGUUUCACUUCAGAUUGAUUUUGUGAUAUUCCAAGUUACUUUACUAAGCCUCUUAAAUAUGAACUCAGAGUGCUGCAAGUUGCACAUGUUUUCAUAACAUUACAGUAAAUUGCCAUGUUUUUUUUCUUCAGACUGGAGUGCCUAAAAACUAACCACUUAAAUAAAACUUAUGUGAUACUCAAAGGUGCUAUAAGCUCAAAAUUCCUACUCAGGCCAAUAGGAAUAACUAGUGGCAGCACCCCUGAGGAACAGGACAUUUUAACUUUGCUGGCUCAUUUUAGUCCAUAGUGUCCACGAGUGUUGCUCUAGAUCUCUGAGGAUCUUUAAAAUAGAAAACAUUGGUUAUCCUGCAUUUUCCAUCUCAUCUGCUAUUUAAUACUAGCAAUCCAAAAAAUUAACAGAUUUCCAAGAUAAUGCUGAAUUUUCAACAAAAAAUUAAAAUAAAAUAUUUCUCUCUGGAAAUGUGAAGGAGCUAUCUCAUUGGACUGGUAG